GAGGGAACUGCACCCUGACUUCCUCUCUAUAUCUCUCUAACAACCCACUCUCUCACCUCUCUUUUCCCUCCAUUUUUUCUCUGUUUUUCAAUUCUCUCUCCACAAAAAAUGCCUAAAGUUAGACAAAGUUAGGGAGGAGAAAGUUAGAGAAUCUGAAUCCCCCUAUUCCCCCACCAAAAAAAGAGGACGUUAGAAAUAGCAACACAAAAAUUAUAAAUUAAAAAGAAAAAGUAAAACCAAUAACCAGUCACACAGCGACUGACAUCAACGAUGGACGAUAAAGAAAGCGAAGCCGAAGUCCUAACUACUCAACUAUGAUUCCGCCGUAACUCCGUUUUUUCAAUUCCGCUAUCUCCAAAGUCAAACCCACCGCGAUGCUCGUUUCAAUUCGCUCUUUCCUCUAAUCAACCAUGAAAAAAGUAAAAUCCAAAAACAACGGUUUAUUACCCAGUUCCUUUAGAAUCAUCUCUUCCUGCCUUAAAACUGUUUCCACCAAUGCCUGCACCGUCGCCUCCACCGUCCGCUCCGCCGGCGCCUCCGUCGCUAAUUCUAUUACCUCUCCUUCCGAUGAUCACAAGGAUCAGGUUACUUGGGCUGGUUUUGAUAAACUAGAGCUUGAUCAGAAGCUUUGUAGACGUGUUCUUUUACUUGGUUAUCUUAAUGGAUUUCAAGUACUUGAUGUGGAGGAGGCUUCUGGAUUUAGUGAGGUGGUUUCGAAGCGGGACGGACCGGUUUCGUUUUUACAGAUGCAGCCUUUUCCUGUAGGUGUAAGCUCUGAUGGCAAGGAGGGGUUUAGAAAAUCGCAUCCUUUGCUGCUGGUUGUUGCUGGUGAUGGGGAGGAUGGAUGUGUUGGACAAAAUGGUAUUGGUUUGGGAAGAGAGGGUGGUAAGGUGGAGAGUCAAUCUGGGAAUGGUGUCAAAUCUGCUACGGCUGUUAGGUUUUAUUCGUUGAAGUCUCACUCUUAUGUUCAUGUUCUGAGGUUUCGUUCGGUUGUGUGUAUGAUCAGGUGUUGUUCGAAGAUAGUAGCUGUUGGUCUUGCCGCACAAAUAUACUGCUUUGAUGCAUUGACUCUUGAGACUAAGUUCAGUGUUCUCACCUAUCCUGUUCCUCAGUUAUCGGGACAAGGAACAAUAGGAGUGAAUGUGGGUUAUGGUCCAAUGGCUGUGGGUCCUAGGUGGCUAGCAUAUCCUUCCAACAAUCCACUGCCCUCAAAUGUUGGAUGCAUAAGCCCACAAAACUUGAGUCCUUCUCCAAGAGUUAGUCCGUCAACAUCUCCAAGCAAUGGUAGUGUGGUGGCUCGUUAUGCAAUGGAGUCCAGCAAACAUUUGGCUGCUGGAAUAUUCAAAUACUGUCAAGAUUUGCUUCCUGAUGGUUCUAGUUCUUCAAUACCAUCAAUAUCAGGAUGGAAAGCUGGUAGGGUUACAGGAAGCGAUGUGGAUAAUGCAGGAAUGGUAAUUGUUAAAGAUUUUGUUUCUAGAGCUAUCAUCUCCCAAUUUAAAGCUCACUCUAGUCCUAUAUCUGCUCUAUGUUUUGACCCUAGUGGGACACUUCUGGUUACGGCAUCUGUCUAUGGAAAUACUAUCAAUAUCUUCCGGAUAAUGCCAUCUUGUGCACGCAAGGGCUCAGGGGUUCCAAGCUGUGACUGGAGCGCUACUCGUGUGCAUCUUUAUAGACUUCAUCGAGGAAUUACACCAGCUACGAUCCAGGACAUUUGUUUUAGUCAUUUCAGCCAGUGGGUUGCAAUUGUCUCUUCAAAAGGGACUUGCCAUCUUUUUAUUUUAUCACCUUUUGGAGGCGACACUGGUUUCCAAAUUAUCAAUUCUAAGGGAGAAGAACCCUCCUUACUUCCUGUUUUGUCUCUGCCUUGGUGGUCUACUUCAUCUAUCAUUUCUCAUCAGCAAUCUUUGCCUCCCCCAGCACCUGUUGUCCUUUCUGUUGUUAGCCGAAUAAAGUAUAGCAGUUUUGGAUGGCUUAAUACCAUUCACAGUUCUAGUGCAAAUGUUGCAGGAAAAGUUUUUGUUCCAUCUGGUGCUAUUGCUGUGAUAUUUCAUAAUUCCAUGUCUCAUUCGCAGUCGCUUGAUAAGUCAAAAAUGAAAUCCUUAGAGCAGCUGUUGGUAUAUACACCAUCAGGUCAUAUAGUUCAACACGAGCUUCUUCCAUCUGUUGGUCCAGAGCCAAAUGAAAGUGGUUCGAGAACCCAGUCAGCUUCAGCCCCGCACAUACAGGAGGAUGAGUUUAGAGUGAAAGUUGAGCCUAUUCAAUGGUGGGACGUAUGCAGAAGGUCGGAAUGGCCAGAAAAAGGGGAACCAUGCAGCAAUACCUAUGAUAGACAAGAUGGUAUCAAUAGAGCUCAAGAAAUGAUGUAUUCUGGUGAUGGCUAUGGAUUUAAUUUUUUUAAUAUAAAUGACGGUGUUGGGGAAAAGACUGUUAAACCCACUACUGGUAAGCCCCAUGAGAGAUCUCAUUGGUAUAUAUCUAAUGCUGAGGUGCAAGUAAAUUUUGGAAGGAUUCCAAUAUGGCAAAGUUCUAAGAUUUGCUUCUACUCACUGAAUUCUGGAAGAACUGUUUUCAAUGCUGGUGGUGAGUCUGAAAUUGAAAAGAUCUCCGCCAACGAAAUUGAAAUAAGACGGAAGGAGUUGUUGCCUGUCUUUGACCAUUUUCAGGGCAUCAGACCGAGCUGGAAUGAGAGAAGCCUUUCAGAAGGAAAAUAUUUGGGCUCCGCAUCUCCUGUUCUCCAUGUGGCUGAAGACAAGCAAACUGCUGACAGGAGCGUUAUUUGUCAUUCAAUACCAGCAUCACUGAGCUCCACUGAAAGCUCUGAUGGAGGUUCAUCAAGAAGGACCGAAAAUUUGAUUGACCUGGAUCAAGUUUCUUCUUGUUGCCAAAUGCUUGGUGAGAUCUACCCAGAAAGAGUGGAGGCAAUCAAUGCUGAGCCUUCUCAGCAAAACAAGAUUGUGCAAGAAAAUUUGUCUGGAAACUUGAAGCAUGCGGAUUCUCCAUAUGACCAAUGUCUCAAUGGCAGUCCAUUACUUCAAGGUAAAAAGAUAAACUCAGACGAAAGGGAUAGCGUAGAAGGUGUUGGGAUUAGCGACAGCUCAGCGUUGUUUCUGAAACAUGAUAUAGAUAAGAACAAUUUUUUGGAAGUGUCCUCCGAAAUGCAAAAUGCAUGUGUCGAGCAUUCUUUCCCAGAUGGCCCCUGCAAGACAGUUGUGCAUGAUGGAAGCAACGUGUUAACUGAAGAAGUAACUGAUGAUGUUGACAGCAGCAGCAGCAGCCAUGAAAGAGAGCAACCAGAAGAUGACGAGCAACCAGAAGAUGACGAAGAUGAUGAAACACUUGGGGGCCUUUUUGGUUUUUCGGACUAAGGUUGAUUACAACAUACGAAGUGGAAGUCUCGGAAUCAAUAGAAUCAUCUCAUUAUCUAUUACCGAAAAAUGCAAAAAGCAAUAUGCACGUUCGUGAAUUAGAAAUUGCACAUGAGCAACAGUUAUGCUGAUCUGUUGCUUAAUUUUAUGACCUGCAUCUCUGUCCAUCACCCCUGUACAUUGCUGUAGACGGGCAUCCAAAUAUCUUGAUGGCUUUGUCAAUGUUUGGAGCCAUAAGUACGUGUGGGUUUGCAGAAUUGCGGUCAAUUAAUCCUAAGCUUAACUUUUAUCAAGCUUGCAUGUAAUUAUGAAUUGUGCAUGGAUUUUGUGUUUAUAUUUCUUUUUUUUUUUAUUAAUUUUGGUUCGGUCAA